AUGCAAGUGCUCAUCAAGUAUGCCGAUAGCGAAGAGUAUCUCUCUGAAAUGGCGCGCUUAGGUGCAGUCGCUGUGUUGGUUUUGCUACUGAUGCGAGCCCAGUCCGAGCAGCAGAAGACGAACGCUGUUCGAAUGCUCGGAAAUCUUGCGAUCGAUGAUAUUCAGUCUAAGCAAAUUACCGAGCAAGGAUCCAUCCCGUACCUUGUAUCUCUACUGAAAAGCGGGACUGAGGAACAAAAGUGCUGGGCAGCAUUCACACUCUGGAAAAUUACAGCUUGUGAGGCGAACCGUGACGAAAUUGUCCGGGAAGGAGCUAUACCGCCCUUGGUCGAGUCGCAACGUAGUUCAAACGACGGGCUCAAGCUGAACGCGGUCCGUGCACCAGGAAACCUUACUGUUAAUGAUGAUCAUCGGGCAGAACUUUCGCGAGAGGGAGCCAUCCCCCCACUAGUUGAGCUGCUGCGGACUGGAACUGAGGAGCACAAAAAGAAUGCGCUGCGUCAAAUGGGCCAAGAACGCGCUAUAUCAGCGCUGAUUCCACUUCUCCAGACCGGAGGCGAAGAAAUCAAAGCAAAUGCUGCUCGAACGCUGGGUAAUCUUGCCACCAACGAUGCGUGCCGAGCUGAAAUUAUGCGGGAAGGAGCUGUUCCGCGUCUCAUGGAGCUGCUCAAAGGUGGCACAGAGCACGAGAAGACCAACGCACUUCGAGUAAUCGGUAAUUUGUCCACUGACGACUCGUACCGAGCUGAGAUCGCGCGGGAAGAGGCUGUCAACGCUCUCAUCACCUUAGUGCAAAGCGGGACUCCGGAACAGAAGCGGCUAGCGGCGUACGCGCUCGCUCGUCUCAGCAACACGCACGCCAUUUGCGCCGAGGUAUUCCGUAGUGGGGCAGUGCCGCCGCUUGUGACGCUGCUGCAGCUUGGAACCGACGAGCAGAAGACCAACGCAAUCAGGGCACUUGGCAACCUCGCGACCACCGACGCACACCGCGUGGAGAUCACCCGGGCUGGAGCUGUCCCGCUGCUCAUCGCCCUCACGAGCAGCGGUAACGACGAGCAGAAGAUGAGCGCUGCAAAAGCCCUCAAACACUUGGACACAGGCUGCUGCUGCAUCUCUUAG